GCCCGCGGGGGUAGCCCCCGCUCUGGCUCCGCCCCGUUUCCCGCACCUCGCCCCUCCCCCCCUCCGCUCCGUCCCGCAGCCCAGCCACCGCGCAGAAGAGUUUCACUGUCCUGGUCCAUCUGGGGUUAUGCGGAGCGGGGUGGGUGGAGUUGGACAUCACGGUGGCGGCAGCAUCCCUGAGGUCUGGGACCCCCCUGGAGGGGAGCGGAGGACCCGCCCUGACCUCGCCCGGCCCAGCCUAGUCCAGCCUGGCCCGAGCGCCCCGCCCAGGAGUGGGUUCUGAGGCUAGAAAACCGUGGCCGUUCUCCGGCGUCAGCACCCAGGGAUCUAGACCGGGGUGUGUGUCAGAGCGCCACCCUCUCUGCCCCCAGCCGCGUGUGGCCGUCAUGGACAAGAUCCUGGAGGCCGUGGUGACUUCGUCCUACCCCACGAGCGUGAAGCAAGGACUGGUGCGUCGCGUGCUGGAGGCGGCGCGGCAGCCCUUGGAGCGGGAACAGUGCCUGGCGCUGCUGGCCCUGGGCGCGCGCCUCUACGUGGGUGGCACGGACGAGCUGCUGCGCCGCGUGGGCUGCCAGCUGCUGCACGUGGCGGGGCGCCACCACCCCGAGGUCUUCGCCGAGUUUUUCAGCGCGCGCCGCGUGCUGCGCCUGUUGCAGGGCGGCGCGGGGCCCCCCGGGGCGCGCGCGCUGGCCUGCGUGCAGCUGGGGCUGCAGCUGCUGCCGGACGGGCCUGCGGCCGACGAGGUGUUCGCGCUGCUGCGGCGCGAGCUGCUGCGCACCGUGUGCGAGCGGCCCGGGCCCGCCAUCUGCGCACAGGUUGCCCGGCUGCUGGCGCGUCACCCGCGCUGCGUCCCCGACGGCGCGCACCGCCUGCUCUUCUGCCAGCAGCUGGUGCGGUGCCUUGGUCGCUUCCGCUGCCCGGCCGAGGGCGAGGAGGGCGCCGUGGAGUUCCUGGAGCAGGCCCAGCAGGUUAGCGGGCUCCUGGCGCAGCUGUGGCGCGCGCAGCCCGCCGCCAUCCUGCCCUGCCUCAAGGAGCUGUUUGCCGUCAUCUCCUGCACAGAGGAAGAGCCGCCGUCCAGCGCCUUGGCCAGUGUGGUCCAGCACCUCCCGCUGGAGCUCAUGGAUGGUGUGGUCCGGAACCUCAGCAAUGACGACAGUGUGACAGACUCCCAGAUGCUGACUGCCAUUAGCAGGAUGAUCGACUGGGUGUCCUGGCCCCUGGGGAAGAACAUUGACAGGUGGAUCAUUGCGCUGCUGAAGGGCCUGGCUGCCGUGAAGAAGUUCAGCAUCCUGAUUGAGGUUUCGCUCGCCAAAAUCGAGAAGGUUUUCUCUAAGCUGCUGUACCCCAUUGUUCGGGGGGCCGCCCUGUCUGUCCUCAAGUACAUGCUCCUGACUUUCCAGCACUCCCACGAGGCCUUCCACCUGCUUCUCCCUCACAUUCCUCCCACAGUGGCCUCUCUAGUCAAGGAGGACUCGAACUCUGGGGCCAGCUGCCUGGAGCAGCUGGCGGAGCUGGUCCACUGCAUGGUGUUUCGGUUCCCAGGCUUCCCCGACCUGUAUGAGCCUGUCAUGGAAGCCAUUAAGGACCUCCACAUUCCCAAUGAGGACCGAAUCAAGCAGCUGCUGGGGCAGGACGCCUGGACCUCACAGAAGAGCGAGCUGGCUGGCUUCUAUCCCCGGCUCAUGGCCAAGUCAGACACGGGCAAGAUUGGUUUAAUCAACCUGGGCAACACAUGCUAUGUGAACAGUGUCCUUCAGGCCUUGUUCAUGGCUUCCGACUUUCGACACUGCGUGCUCCGCCUGACUGAGAACAACUCGCAGCCCCUGAUGACCAAACUGCAGUGGCUGUUUGCCUUCCUGGAGCAUAGUCAGAGGCCAGCCAUCUCUCCUGAGAACUUCCUCUCCGCGUCCUGGACACCCUGGUUCAGCCCUGGAACCCAGCAGGACUGUUCGGAAUAUCUGAAGUACCUGCUGGAUCGGCUUCACGAAGAGGAGAAAACCGGGACGAGGAUCUGCCAGAAGCUCAAGCAGGCCAGCUUGCCCUCCCCACCGGACGAACUCCCUAGCUCCCAUGUGACAUCUGUGGAGAAAAUGUUUGGAGGCAAGAUCGUGACUCGGAUAUGCUGUCUGCACUGCCUCAAUGUUUCCUCUCGGGAGGAGGCCUUCACAGACCUCUCUCUGGCCUUCCCUCCUCCCGAGCGAUGUCGUCACCGCCGCCUGGGCUCGGUGAUGCUCCCCACAGAGGAUGUGCAAACCCAGGAGAUGGCACCGACUCCCAGAACCCCGGCAACACAGAGGCAGAGGAAGCACUGUGUCACGGGGGAUGCUCCCUGCACGGAGCUAGACAUAAAAGGGCUGAGCAUCACAGACACUGGGCAGGAGGAGAAGGUGGAGAGGGAGCAGGCCGGGAAGGAGAAGGAGGCCUCAGAGGAGGAAGAAGAGGAGGAAGGAGCAAGGGAAGAGGAGAAAGAGCAGGGGGAAGAGAAGGAGAAAGAGAAAAAGGAAGACGAAAAGGAGAAGGAAGCGGACAGCUUGGGUCCAGGGACCCACAGGGAUGCCGUCCCACCCAGGGAGCAGGUCUGUGGCCCCGAGGGUUCCCGCUCGGUACUGGACCUGGUCAACUACUUCCUGUCCCCGGAGAAGCUGACAGCGGAGAACCGUUACUACUGUGAGUCAUGCGCCUCCCUCCAGGAUGCAGAGAAGGUGGUGGAGCUGAGCCAAGGUCCGCGCUACCUCAUUCUUACGCUACUGCGCUUCUCCUUCGACCUGCGCACCAUGCGGCGCCGCAAGAUCCUGGACGAUGUCGCCAUCCCCCUCUUGCUGCGCCUGCCGCUGGCCGGGGGUCAGGGUCAGGCCUACGACCUCUGUAGUGUGGUGGUGCACUCCGGGGUGUCCUCAGAGAGUGGCCACUACUACUGCUAUGCCCGGGAGGGCGCUGCCCGGCUGAGCCCCGUCCUGGGGUCCACGGACAGGCCUGAGCCUGAGAACCAGUGGUACCUCUUCAACGACACCAGGGUGUCUUUCUCGUCCUUUGAGUCCGUCAGCAACGUCACCUCCUUUUUCCCCAAGGACACCGCCUAUGUGCUCUUCUACCGCCAGCGGCCCAGGGAGGGGCUCGAGGCCGAGCCCAGCUCUCCCCGAGUUCGAGCAGAGCCCACCCUCCACAAGGACCUGAUGGAGGCCAUCUCCAAAGACAACGUCCUCUUCCUGCAGGAGCAGGAGAAGGAGGCCCGGAGCAGAGCUGCUUACAUCUCUACACUCCCUGCCCCUCCACACUGGGGUCGGGGCUUUGAUGAAGAUAAAGACGAAGAUGAAGGCUCUCCAGGGGGCUGCAACCCUGCAGGUGGCAAUGGUGACUUCCACAGACUGGUCUUCUAACGGGAACUCCCUCCUGUGGGGGUGUCGCAGUCAACCUCAAGAGUGGGCCAGGUGGGGCUCAGGGCCUGGGCAGAGCACUCUGCCGUCUGGGGUCUUAGGGAGCUGUGGAGGCAAGCAAGCCCAAGGUGAAGCAGGUCCUUUCGAAGGCAAGGAGGAUGGAGAGGGACCAUCUGGGGUGUCAGCCUACAGCUGAGGGUCAUGGAGAAGCUGAAACCCAAAGCUCCUUGGGCAGCAUCCUGUUAAGAGGUUCCGGUCAGAGCAGCCUGGAUGAGCCCACUCUGGGCUUUGCCUCCCUGCAGGCCCAGGCAGCUCAGGAGCCGGGAUGGCAUCCCUUUGGUGUCCAGCAUCCGGUAGCCCUUCCUUCUAUUCUGGUUCCUUCACCCAGUUCUUCCUCGGUAGGAGAAAAAGCACAGCUCAAGUCAAGCCCUUGCACCAAGAAGGGGGGGACUGUGUUCCCUCUGCCUGCCCUCUUGUUUCUUCAAGGGGGUCCCUAAAACGAGGUCUGUGGGUGCCUACACCCGCCGUGUGUUUGAGGCAUUAGUGGAAGGCAGCAUAGCACAGGAUUGGAGGUAAGAGUCUUACCUGCCCCCCAUCCCCCCAGGCAAGCCACUGGGAGAGCCCCGUCCCUCCCCUUCCCAGCCUGCCUCAGUGCCUGUGAUGCUGCCAGUGCAUCGCCAUCUAGUUAAUGUCCCGGGUCUUCACCCUACUGAAGACAUUAGUCUGUCGAAAGCCAUUGUCGUUUGAGGGAGCUAGCUGGCUUGGCUCCUCGGCUAGAAUGUGCGGGCUGGGUAGGUAAGAACUGUGUGAUCCACACAACCUCAUUGUGCCCCAAGACCACUAUAGCCCUUCUCAGUGGAGAAGAAACCUGUGUUCUUAAUAGGAAUAAAACUCGCUUCUCUGGA